GAUUUUUGUGCGUUUAUUUUAUCCUUAAGUUUUUAUAGUGGUGUCAAAAGUAUCUAUGCAAUUAUUUUCAGUAUAUUUAUAAUUUUAAAAUAUAUUUUGACGCAAAAAGAAAAAAAAAUUAGUCUUUGUGAGUGUGUCAUAGCGAAGUAUAUAAUGCGAGAUGAAUAAAAGUAUUUUAUUUAUUGAAGAAGAUGAACGAUCCUAAAGAUUCCAAAAAGUCAGAAGAAAUGCCUAAUUAUGGUGCUGUUUCUGAUUCUAAAAGUGAUAAAAAGAGAAAAUAUAACUCAACUCAAAAAGUAUCUCUUCUUGCUCUGGCUAUUGGAGAGUUCUGUGCUGGAUCUCUUGCUUCAUUGCAAGCUCCAUUCUUUCCAGCAGAGGCAGAGAAAAAGGGAGCAACAGCAGCUGAAUAUGGUUUGAUAUUCGGAGUUUAUCAUAUUACAAUUGUUCUUACUGCUCCUUUGAUAGGAAAAUUGGUUGGACCCCUUACUCCAAAAUUUAUUUUAAAUACUGGAUUCUUUGUAUUAGGAAUAACGAGCAUUCUUUUUGGAGUUCUGGAUUUCGUGAAGAAAAGUGGCGAAUUUAUUGCUUUAGCCUUCGUUGUAAGGACGUGCGAAGGUGUAGCUGCUUCUUGUAUUAGAAUAGCAGCCGGAACAAUAGUUGCUUCACAGUUUCAAGAAAAUGUUGGAGCAACAUAUGCUAUUUUAGAAAUGUGUCUUGGUGUAGCAAAUAUUUUAGGACCUGUGUUGGGAGGUGCUCUAUACGAGCUUGGGGGUUUCCAAUUACCCUUUUUUUGUAUUGGAACUGUGAUUUUAAUCGAUGCAGUUGUUAUAAUGUUUCUUCUUCCCGAAGCAGAAAGAAAGGAAAAACAACCUACGAAAUUCAGAAACAUUUUCAAAGUAUGGAUGAAACCCAAAAUAUUAAUUUUUGCUUUCAGCAUUUUCUCAACUUCUAGUUUCAUUGGGUAUAUGGUAGUAGGAUUGGAGCCACAUACGCGGCAGACGGAUUUGUCAAAAUUCUAUAUUGGACUGCUAUUUUCUUCUUGUGGUCUGAUAUAUGCUAUAUCGUCACCUUUUUGGGGCUGGCUUCAUGAUAGAAUGUGUAGGAGCACCGUCAUAAAUUUAGUAGGAUCUAUUUUUUUUAUUACUGCUGUAUUGCUCGUUGGACCAGUGCCAUUUAUUCCUUUGGAACCAAGCAUUUGCUUAAUUGGUUUAGCAAUGACUUCAAUGGGAUUUGCAGCUGGUUCUAAGACAGUCAGUUGUUUUACUGGAGCACUUUAUUCUGCCAAAAAUUAUGGUUUUCCAGAUGAUUUAGGUACCUAUGGUAUAAUAACUUCAAUAAUUACCUCAUCUAAAGCAUUAGGUUCAGCGUUUGGACCAUCUAUAGGAGGAGUGAUUUUAGAUACGUGGGGCUUCAGAUACGGGACCGUACUCUAUUUAGUUAUUGAAUUAACCAUGGUUGCUUUUCUGAGCGUUAUAAUCAUGACCGAAAAAGGAGGUAGCAAACUAUUUCGAACUCCCGAAAAAGACAAAUACAAAUCAUUUGAUAUUGCUAUUUCAUUAGAUUCAAAAAGUGUUGUAAAAAAUGAUCAAAAGAAUUAAGACCAGAUGUUAAAAUACUCUGUCCACAAUAAAUGAAAGCCAUUCUCAAGGAAGAAGAUUUGUUAAAAUAUUUUUCUAAUAACAGAAGAAAUUGACAGUAAUUCUCAUGUAAGAAACUUUGUAAGAGGCUUUUUCGAUAAUAAUCUACUUUGAUUGUCUACAGUUUUCAAGUAAGAAGCUAAAUGAAAAUAUUCUUCUAAUAAUGGUUGUAAGUAAUUCUCAAGUAAAAAGUUUUCUUAAAGGACUGUUCUGAGAAUAGAAUAAAUUGAUUGUGAGCAGUUCUCAAGUAAGAAGCUUUAUUAAAAAUUCUCCUAAUGAUAAAAUAAAAUGGUUGUAAGCAAUUCUCAAGUAAAAAGUGUUCUAAGAAGACAUUUUUUUAAUAAAAUAAAGUGAUUGUAAACAA